CUAUGAUCCACCAACACGAGUGAAACACGUCCGUGGGCCAAAGAGGAGAGGAUCGAACCGAUCUAACACAGACAGACAGACAGACAGAAAGAAACAGGCCGACCACACUCAGGCCUGAGGCAGUCAGGCUCUCCACCAUCACCCAUCACAUCAACAUUGGCCAAGGACAACAUCGUGAACACCCUCCUUGCGUACAUCUCCCCCCUCCAUCCGGAUCGUCAGUCUUGAAUCCAAUAACUCGUUCGUUGAUCCACCCUCUGACCCCAAAAUGACGGAGAAACGUCGUCUGAUCUUCGCCAUUGUCGAGUUCUUAAACCGAGAAAUGGCCUCGGAGGAUGAGCACUCGGAUGACGCCAAAGAGAGCUUAGAAGUGGCCUCGCAAUGUUUGCAAACGGCCUUUUGCCUGUCCACCGAGGACGCCCAUCUCCAAGUUAGCCAAAAGUUGGAGGCCAUCUUCGCUCAGGCCACCCAAGGCGAACCCCUCAGGAAGAAGGAUUCCCCGCCCCCCGAAGACAGAGAGAAGGCUGAACGCCUCAAAUCUCAAGGCAACGACCAUAUGAAGAAGGAGGAGUUUGAACAAGCCAUUGAGCUCUACACGCAAGCCAUUGAUCUGGACCCCAAUAACCAGGUGUUCUACUGCAACCGGGCCGCAGCUCACAGUAAAAUGAACAAUCAUUACGCCGCCGUGGAGGAUUGCAAGCGAGCGAUUGACAUGGAUCCCAACUAUAGUAAAGCGUAUGGACGCAUGGGACUAGCUUAUUCCAGUGUCGAGAAGCACAAGGAGGCCGUGGAAUGCUUUAAUAAGGCUCUCACUCUGGAGCCGGAAAACGAGAGCUACCAAAGUAAUCUGCAAUUGGCCCGCGAGAAACUGUCCACCACGGGCAGCCCUGGACCGGCCCAAAUCAAUCUGCCCAUGGGCGGACUCGACAUGGGUGGUUUCUUCAACAAUCCGGCCAUGAUGAAUAUGGCCACGUCGUUGCUCUCAGACCCUAACAUGCAAAAUAUGAUGGGUCAACUCAUGGCCGGUGGGGGUGGCAUGGGGGGCACGGGCCAAGCCGGCGGUCCCCCCAAUUCAAUGGAGGGCCUUUUGAUGGCGGGUCAGAGAUUGGCCGAACAGAUGCAGCAAUCUAAUCCGGAAUUGGUGGACAAUCUACGCCGGCAAAUGCAGGGCGGUGGGAACAACAACCCCGGUAACCCGGACGAAAACCAGCCUCCGCCGGGCACCCAAUAGUGACCGCAUUAGCCCACCAAUCGAUGGUCAUACUUUGAGAACGACGCGAGCGGAUGGGGAGGACAGCUUUGUCAUAUUCGAGAUCGUUUCAAGUCAGAUGCAUCACAGCCGAAGCUGAACUGUGUGGGACACGGUUAAGCGUUCCAGAGUAAAGAAUAGAAAUGAAAAGAAAUGGAACAACGCUCCACAA